CCACACCUUACUGUUGUGUGGAUCUAUAUUCACUGCGUACUGGGGAGAUGGUCAAAUCUAUUCAGUUCAAAACAGCAAUUUAUGAUCUCCACUGCAAUAAGCGGAUCCUCGUUGUAGUCUUGCAGGAGAAAAUUGCUGCCUUUGAUAGCUGUACUUUCACAAAAAAAUUUUUUGUCACAAGUUGUUAUCCUUGUCCUGGGCCAAACAUGAAUCCUAUUGCUCUUGGGAGCCGCUGGCUUGCUUAUGCAGAAAAUAAGUUGAUUCGAUGUCAUCAGUCUCGUGGUGGAGCCUGUGGAGACAACAUUCAGUCUUAUACUGCCACAGUCAUUAGUGCUGCUAAAACAUUGAAAAGUGGCCUGACAAUGGUUGGGAAAGUUGUCACUCAGUUGACAGGCACGCUGCCCUCAGGUGUGACCGAAGAUGAUGUUGCCAUCCAUAGUAACUCAAGACGGAGUCCUCUGGUCCCAGGCAUCAUUACAGUUAUUGACACUGAAACAGUUGGAGAAGGGCAGGUGCUGGUGAGCGAGGACUCUGACAGUGAUGGCAUCGUGGCCCACUUCCCUGCCCAUGAGAAGCCAGUGUGCUGUAUGGCUUUUAAUGCCAGUGGAAUGCUUUUAGUCACAACAGACACCCUUGGCCAUGACUUUCAUGUCUUCCAAAUUUUGACUCAUCCUUGGUCCUCAUCACAAAGUGCUGUCCAUCAUCUAUACACUCUUCACAGGGGAGAAACUGAAGCCAAAGUUCAGGAUAUCUGCUUCAGCCAUGACUGUCGCUGGGUUGUGGUCAGUACUCUUCGUGGUACUUCCCAUGUUUUCCCCAUCAACCCUUAUGGUGGCCAGCCCUGUGUUCGCACACAUAUGUCACCACGAGUGGUGAAUCGCAUGAGCCGUUUCCAGAAAAGUGCUGGGCUGGAAGAGAUUGAACAAGAACUGACUUCUAAGCAAGGCGGUCGUUGUAGCCCUGUUCCAGGUCUAUCAAGCAGUCCUUCUGGCUCACCCCUUCAUGGGAAAUUGAACAGCCAAGACUCUUACAACAAUUUUACUAAUAACAAUCCUGGCAACCCCCGGCUCUCUCCUCUCCCCAGCCUGAUGGUAGUGAUGCCUCUUGCACAGAUCAAGCAGCCAAUGACAUUGGGUACCAUCACCAAACGAACGGGGCCUUAUCUCUUUGGAGCAGGAUGUUUUUCCAUAAAAGCUCCAUGCAAAGUUAAACCACCUCCACAAAUUUCACCCAGCAAGUCAAUGGGCGGAGAGUUUUGCGUGGCUGCUAUCUUUGGGACAUCCAGGUCAUGGUUUUCAAAUAAUGCAGGUCUAAAAAGAGAAAAAGAUCAGUCCAAGCAAGUUUUAGUUGAAUCUCUCUACAUUAUCAGUUGCUAUGGGACCUUAGUGGAGCACAUGAUGGAGCCCCGACCCCUCAGCACUGCUCCCAAGAUAAGUGAUGACACUCCCCUGGAGAUGAUGACAUCACCUCGGGCCAGCUGGACUCUAGUGAGAACACCUCAAUGGAAUGAAUUGCAGCCACCAUUUAAUGCAAACCACCCUCUGCUACUUGCUGCAGAUGCAGUGCAAUAUUACCAGUUCCUGCUUGCUGGCCUGGUUCCCCCUGGAAGUCCUGGACCUAUUACUCGACAUGGGUCUUAUGACAGUUUAGCCUCCGACCACAGUGGACAGGAAGAUGAAGAAUGGCUGUCCCAGGUUGAAAUUGUAACACAUACUGGACCUCACAGGCGUCUGUGGAUGGGUCCACAGUUCCAGUUCAAAACCAUCCACCCCUCAGGCCAAACCACAGUCAUAUCAUCGAGUUCAUCUGUGUUACAGUCUCAUGGUCCCAGUGACACUCCACAGCCUCUUUUGGAUUUUGAUACAGAUGAUCUUGAUCUCAAUAGUCUCAGGAUCCAGCCAGUCCGCUCUGACCCAGUCAGCAUGCCAGGGUCAUCCCGUCCAGUCUCUGAUCGAAGGGGAGUUUCCACAGUGAUUGAUGCUGCCUCAGGUAGAAACCCUCCUCCCAAUGUACAUUUGGCAUUUCUGUGCACUUAAAAUUUAUUUUCUUGAACAGUAUAGAAAAUGAUAUUCAUUUUCCUGCCUCUAUUUUUUCCUUUUGGAAUUGUCUGUGUUUUAAUAUAGCACUGUGCCUAUAUUCAUUACUAAACAGUGCCAUGCAUUUAAACAUUAAGUUUGGUGAAUGAUUUGGUGGAGUUGGCACUUGAUUAAAUAUAAUGAACAUAGUAUUGAAGGCUACGGGGUUGAUGACUGUCGUGCCUUUGAUCACUGAAAUGUAGAGACGCAACCUUGACACAGAACGUAAAUACAAUAUAUGGAUUCAAUUUACUCAGCCUGUGGAAUAUCAAAGUGCCUGAUCUGUGGAAGCAGAAAGAGUCCAAAUGCUAUAGCUUGGAUAGUUUUAUUAUUGAAAGCAUAAAGUUUAGAAAUUCAUUAACUUAACUCUGGUCUAUCUAUAACAGUUAUUAAUUUCCUAUCCUUAGAAUCAGCCUAUGAAUAUGUAUCAUUAGUACUUAGAAGGAAACCUUUGCCUUUGUAGGUAACAGCGAAGCCUACUAAAUAAUUGAACUGUUUGUAAUGAUAUAUUGUCUCAUCUCUAAGAUGAGUGAUAAAGUAAGGAUAGUGAUGCCUUGCAUUAAUAGUACAGCUGGGGAACAUCUGAAGACAGCAUGCAGCCGGAUUUUGUCAAAAAAGUCUCUCACAAGUAGAAUUAUUAAAUACUCAGCAUUAGUCAAACAGUUGAGUCAGAGAGGAGAGGGUUUUAAUCUGUGGCAAUUUCAGAAUCCCUGGAGACUGCCGAUUUGAUUGAGGCUUAAACUUGUGAAAGAAAAUGGAAACCAUCACAACAAAACUGAUUUGUUACUCUGUCUCUUAAUGUAUUUUUAAGUUUCAGAGCUAAUGGGUUUUGUGUAUUUUCUUAGCUUUCUGGCUUUUUUGGUCAUUGAAUUAUACCUGUAUCACAUUGAGCUAUCCACAUCUAGAGCUACCCCUUAAUUUUUAAUGGAAACUAUUUGUUUAGAAGAUAUAAUCUUGUUUCCUUGCUUUGACUUGGAAAACAUGGUUGUCCCCUGGAAAUGAACACAGAAAUGGGCAAUGUCUAUCUUUGUUUCCCUGCAUCAAAUGGGAUAUUAAGAUAGGUAACUUAACUAUUUUUGGUAGUCUAAACCUGACAGUACUAAGAAUUACCAUUUACAAUCUGAGGAAUGUUAUGUAUUUUAAUCUGAAGUAUUUUACUCAACAUUGUAAGAGUAAGCCAUAUUGGGCUUUUAAAUCAUUCCUAGACUACAGUGUUACUAAUGUUUUCCUGUCUAGUCAUUACCUGAAACCCAUGCUGCCUACACAAUUACCAUGUGUUUUUAAGGCUGGCAUAUUCAAAACUAUAUAGUCUGAGGCAAUAAUCCAUAUUUAACAUGUAAUAAUUUUAACUUUAUGGAGAGUUGUCUCAUGAAAAAGGAGAAACUUCAGUGAAUUGUUGUAUAUAUUGGUUUAACUCUGAAAGGAGUAUUUAAAUUGAUUUUUGAGUAACAAGUUAGAUCUUUACCCUUGACUUAUGUACAUUGCCAUUAGAGAUACAUCCUAGGAAUUUCUAGGAUAUUACUCUAUGGCCUCAAUCCUCUGCCUGAAAGUACCAACCUUUUGGGUAGGGAAAGGAUUUUUUUGGUGGCUAAGCUCUAUUAUUAUUUUUUCUAGGCCUCUUUUCCCUCCAGAAACAGCCAGGACAAUGAAACGUGUGUGCUGCUUUCUCUAGCUUUGAACUAAAGACGUCUUAUAGAUGAGGAAUUGGACUUUUAUGAAUUAUUCUGUCUCCAGCUACCUCUCAAAUGGUUUGGAACCCUUUUGAAUAAGGAGUAUAUGUUGUCCAACACAUUUUUUGAGUGAAUAAUGUUUUGUUGUGGAACUUCCAUCUACUUUAUCUAAUUGGAUCACGGUUGUUAACGGAAUUACUUUUCUACUGAGGCUAAAUGAUUGGAGUUCUUUAUGAAAAGAAAUUCUAAUUUAGAUUCUUCUAUUAAAACGAGUGUAAUAAAUUUUUGUAAUUACUCCUAAACCAGGAAGUGCUUCUCUCAUUAUGACCUAUGCAUGAGAGUCCACUAUAUAUUAGAAAGAUGCUUAUCGUGGAGUUUAAUUGCUUGUUGUUUGAAGAUUGUCACCAUUGAGGUCUCCUUUAUCAGGUUUCUAGUAUUUUAUAUGACUUAAUGUAUUGUCUUUUUAAUUGUCCCUAUGACCUAUUUUAUAGUCAUCCUUCAAAUUUAGUGACAACUCUACCUCUGUCUAACCUGGGAGUGGAAUGAUCCCAUGUCUUAUAAUUGUUUUCAGAGGUACAGAAAUAAAAUUUAGUACUGUUCAGAAAAUACUUUUAUAGUUACCACAGUUUUCUAAUUCAAAAUAUUUUAUAUAAGCCUUUGAGUCUACAUUUUAUGUUUUAGAUAUCUAUAUGUUAAUUUAGCAAUGUUAUUCUGGUGAAACCAAAAGAGAUGAGUAAGGUAUUGUAUCAUUUUUGCUAAGAUUUUCCUCAUAAUUUCUUUCUUUUACUGGUAUUGGAACUCAGGGCCUCAUGCUUGCCACUUGAGCCACUCUGCCAGCCUCCAUAGUUUCUUUAUCAUGUAGUAAAUGUCUGUUUUACUCCUUUACCUAGAAACACAUUCCUUCAAGUACAUAUAUUUUUUUAUUAACUUACUGAUUUAAGAACAGGGUACAUUCUAUGCCCUUAGAUACCUAUGGGCUAGCUUCUUACUAUCUACAUAUAGUAUUUAGUUCCUUAGUAGCUUUGUAAGUACUUGAGGAGUUAGCUGUUAUUCUUAUAACAACUCUUUCAUCUUAUCUUUGGUGAUGAUAAAAUACUAUUCUGCUUAAGAUUUGUAGGUUAGAUAAUUAUGAAAUGUUCCAUUCUUCAUUAAGGAGAACAACAUUGUGGAAAUGGACAUUUAAUAGGAUUUUAACAUCAGAAAAAGGUUUCUAGAGCAGAUGGGUCUGGAGGCUCAAUUUAUCCCACAUUGAACUGAUUACAAAGUGUCUUGGAAACAUAAACACCAUUUUCUGAUAAAGCAUUGUAUUAAUUCCUUAACUUUUUUCCCUAUAAAUUAUUUUUGCUUUAGAUAUCUAAGAUUCUUUUCUCAUUGUUUGUACCACAUAAUAUGUGCUGUUUGUUUUCAGAAACACAUAGGACUUCGGAAGAAAAAGUAGAAAGAUAGCUGCCAGAUUCUUCACUGAUGUUUUCGUCCCACACAUGGUAGACUAUACCUUUUAGGUAACUUAAUGGCACCUUUGGGGUCAAGUCAAAGAGAUCCUAUAAAGGGGUUAGGGAUGCAGUUCAGUAGUACAACACUUGACUAGCAUGAUACAAGGCACUGGCUUCAAUAACCAGCCCUCCUACCAUGGAGAUCGAUGUUUACCAACAAAGAAAUCAAGGCAUAAAUAAAGGACACACAUGCCUUGCUUGCCUGCAGAAGAGACUCCAUUUAAGACUACAAUGAAGUAAAAUUUUAUAAUGAAAAGUUAGGGCUGGUGGUAUAGCUCAAGUGGUAGAGCACUUACCUACCAAGUGCAAGGACCUGAGUUUAAA